AUGAACUACACAAGAUUCCUCACCGCUGCUAGCAGCGCCCGGGAACCAUCAGUCAUCCGAACUCUGACUGAAAUCAUGGCCAGGGCACCAAAAACAGUCAUCUCCUUGGCUGCUGGAGCACCAAAUCCCAACACCUUCCCUUUUAAGACUGCUACUAUCACCAUCGAAAAUGGAAAGCCCAUCCAGUUUGAAGAAGAGAAGAUGAAGAGAGCUCUUCAGUAUUCUCAGAGUGCGGGAAUUCCAGAACUGUUGACAUGGCUAAGACAAUUACAGAUACGCUUACAUAAUCCUCCAACUGUUCAUUAUUCGCCCAGUCAAGGACAAAUGGAUCUGUGUGUCACAACUGGCAGCCAAGAUGGUCUUAGUAAGGUGUUUGAGAUGCUCGUGAGUCCUGGAGAUAACAUCAUCCUUGAUGAACCUGUCUACUCAGGAACAAUUCAAGCUCUCAAACCAUUGGGCUGUAACCUCAUUAAUGUUUCCAGUGAUGAACAUGGAAUUAUUCCAGACUCCCUCAAAGAAGUACUUUCUAAAUGGAAACCAGAAGAUUCACAGGACCCAAAGAAAAACACUCCCAAAUUUCUUUACACCGUUCCAAGUGGUAACAAUCCUACUGGAAUCUCACUAGCAGCUGAUCGGAAAAAAGAAAUCUAUGAGCUGGCAAGAAAAUACAAUUUCCUCAUAAUAGAAGAUGAUCCUUACUAUUUUCUUCAGUACACCAAGCCGUGGUUACCAACAUUUCUUUCCAUGGAUGUUGAUGGCCGUGUCAUCAGAGCUGACUCUUUUUCCAAAGUUCUCUCCUCUGGGUUGAGAAUAGGGUUUCUGACAGGUCCAAAACCCUUGAUAGAAAGAAUUGUUUUACACACACAAGCUUCAACAUUGCACACCAGCACUUUUACCCAGCUAAUGGUAUCAGAGCUUCUACACCAGUGGGGAGAAGAGGGUUUCCUGGCUCAUGUAGAGAGAGUUACUGAUUUCUACAGGAACCAGAGGGAUGCACUGUUAGCAUGUGCAGACAAGUGGUUACGUGGCUUGGCAGAAUGGCACGUACCAAAUGGUGGAAUGUUUUUGUGGGUUAAAAUGAAGGAUAUUGCUGAUUCAAAGCAAGUAAUUGAAGAAAAAGCCCUUAAGAAUCAGGUGCUGAUAGUACCUGGGUAUGCUUUCUUCAUUGAUAAAAAAGCUCCAAGCCCUUACUUUCGUGUGUCCUUCUCUAUUGCUUCUCCAGAACAGAUGGAUGUGGCAUGUCAGAGAUUAGCCCAGCUCAUAAAAGAAUCUUUAUGA